AUGGCAUCCAAGAUAGUUCUUUUCCUCCUGCUUCUUGGACUAACUCUAAAGGACGGAGAAACUUCUUUGAUUUGCAAAGGCUACGCUACAGUAAUUGGAAGGAUCAACAAACUCCCACUUAAUCAGUCUGAGUGUCCCUCAAACUCAACAGCCGGACGUCCUCAAAACCUGGCAGCUAUUAUACGUGUCAUUGUCAAUGAUGACGUCAACCGUUAUCACACAGUGCUAAAUAUGGCGAGAAAUAUAGAAAGGCGCUCGAUAAAAAUGGAAGACGCGAUAUACGAGGCACUAUGUCUGGUCGCUAAGAAAACCAUAAGUGAUCCCAUUAAGAUUCUGGAUUUCUACAAUCAAAUCCGCAAUAAAUACUACGUUUCGCCAUUAAGGUUCUAUCGGGUCUUCGUCAAACGUAGCGCUAAGGUUCUUUCGCAGGCAGUGACCAAUAACUCUUAUACCAAGUUUUGGAUGAUUACCGGACUGCUGCGGCGUUUGACAGAAAGCGAACAAUAUUACACGAAAGAAAUACUUGAGGCUCUAUUUGACAUUGUGCUCUCUUCCGAAUCCCCACUGAAUGUAGUUCAGCGGCUGAGCUUCUUCGGUGCAAGUUCGGAACAACUGACCAUGGCACAUUUACAAUUGCUGAAUCGCCCCGAAGUGCAAUCUAAUUCGAGUGCGCACGCUGAAUUGCUCGACAAUCUUCGACAGUUGAUGGUGAAACCGGCAUAUCAAAGAAGCGUAGACUUCCGCCUGCGUCGGAAAGUGUACAGAUUGUUCCCGCAUUAUAUUGAUUGGGUCUCCACAUCCUUUAUGGCCAGCUUACGUCGGGCAAACAUAGAUAUCGAAGACUACCUUGUUAGUUGUCGAAAGCAAGAUGGGACAUUGACUAUUUGUACUCACGACGGGGCACCGUGGAACGAGAAUAGUGUGGACUACAUAAUUGAAGUGGCCCACAACAAGACUUUGGUUGCUUUACGUUUCAACUUUUUCAACUGUGCGGCAGUAAACAGCACUAUUCCAAUAAGCACACGAGUGACCAAGAACUUUUACGUAAGCCACGACUACUAUUGGUGGCGUGUAGUUCUGGUGCCCAACGGUUUGGCAUUCUACGAUGAUGCGACAUCCAGCUUAGUGCUCUGUGGAGGCGAUUCAGUACAAUGGGAUGGCGAUAAACAUUAUGCAUAUGCUCGACGAGCUGAGGAUUUUGAAGCUCAUCGCGACGAAUGCACGUGGUUGUUCGAGAAUUACGAGUAA